ACCAAAGCGAGGCCAAGAUGGUGUCCGUGUUUCGAAGUGAGGAGAUGUGUUUGUCACAACUGUUUCUCCAGGUGGAGGCUGCAUAUUGCUGCGUAGCUGAGCUCGGAGAGCUUGGAUUGGUUCAGUUCAAAGAUUUAAACAUAAAUGUGAACAGCUUCCAGAGGAAAUUUGUGAAUGAAGUGAGAAGGUGUGAAUCUCUGGAGAGAAUACUUCGUUUUCUGGAAGAUGAGAUGCAAAAUGAAGUUGCAAUUCAGUUGCCUGAGAAGUACCCACUCACCCCUCUCCCACGGGAAAUGAUUACCUUGGAGACUGUUCUAGAAAAGCUGGAAGGAGAGUUACAGGAAGCCAACCAGAACCAGCAGGCUUUGCAAACAAGCUUCCUAGAACUGACAGAACUGAAAUACCUCCUGAAGAAAACCCAGGACUUCUUUGAGACGGAAACCAAUUUGGCCGAUGAUUUCUUUAUUGAAGACACAUCUGGUCUCCUGGAGUUGAGAGCAGUGCCUUCGUAUAUGACUGGAAAGUUGGGGUUCACCGCUGGCGUGAUCAACAGGGAAAAGAUGGCUUCCUUUGAGAGACUGCUGUGGCGCGUCUGCCGAGGAAACAUCUACUUGAAGUUCAGUGAGAUGGAUACCCCUCUGAAGGACCCUGUCACGAAAGAAGAAAUUAAGAAGAAUAUAUUCAUCAUAUUUUAUCAAGGAGAGCAGCUCAGGCAGAAAAUCAAGAAGAUCUGUGAUGGGUUUCGAGCCACCAUCUACCCUUGCCCAGAGCCCGCGGUGGAGCGCAGAGAGAUGUUGGCUGGCGUCAACGUGAGGCUGGAAGAUUUAAUCACUGUCAUAACACAAACGGAGUCUCACCGCCAGCGCCUGCUGCAGGAAGCAGCUGCCAACUGGCAUUCCUGGAUCAUCAAGGUGCAGAAGAUGAAGGCCAUUUACCACAUCCUGAACAUGUGUAACAUUGACGUCACUCAGCAGUGUGUCAUUGCUGAGAUCUGGUUCCCGGUGGCAGACACUGCACGCAUCAAGAGGGCACUAGAGCAAGGCAUGGAACUAAGUGGCUCCUCCAUGGCCCCCAUCAUGACAACAGUGCAGUCUAAAACAGCCCCUCCCACGUUUAACAGGACCAAUAAAUUUACAGCUGGCUUCCAGAAUAUUGUUGACGCGUAUGGAGUAGGCAGUUACCGGGAGUUAAACCCAGCUCCCUAUACUAUCAUCACUUUUCCCUUCCUGUUCGCUGUGAUGUUCGGAGACUGUGGUCAUGGAAUUGUGAUGCUCCUGGCAGCCCUCUGGAUGGUUCUUAACGAGAGACGCUUGCUGUCCCAGAAGUCAGACAAUGAGAUUUGGAAUACCUUCUUCCACGGACGCUACCUGAUCCUACUGAUGGGCAUCUUCUCCAUCUACACGGGUUUGAUCUACAACGAUUGCUUCUCCAAGUCUCUCAACAUCUUUGGCUCUUCUUGGAGUGUCCAACCUAUGUUCAGAAAUGGCACCUGGAAUGCUCAUGUAAUGGAGACAAGUCCAUAUUUACAGCUGGACCCAGCCAUGCCUGGAGUGUAUGCUGGAAAUCCAUAUCCAUUUGGAAUCGAUCCGAUCUGGAACUUGGCUUCAAACAAACUCACGUUUCUGAACUCCUAUAAGAUGAAGAUGUCAGUUAUCCUGGGAAUUGUCCAGAUGGUUUUUGGAGUUAUUCUCAGCCUUUUCAAUCACAUAUACUUCAGAAAAACUCUCAACAUCAUUCUGCAAUUUAUCCCCGAGAUGAUUUUUAUCCUGUGUCUGUUUGGAUACUUGGUUUUCAUGAUCAUUUUCAAAUGGUGCCACUUUGAUGUCCAUGUAUCCCAGCACGCCCCGAGCAUCCUCAUCCACUUCAUCAACAUGUUUCUGUUUAACUACGAUGACCCUUCAAAUGCACCCCUGUACAAACACCAGCAAGAAAUCCAAAGUUUCUUUGUUGUUAUGGCGCUGAUUUCUGUGCCGUGGAUGCUCCUGAUUAAGCCAUUUAUUCUUAGAGCCAAACAUCAGAAAUCCCAGCUGCAGGCAUCUAUGAUCCAAGAAGAUGCCAUGGAGAACAUUGAAGGUGACGACUCUAGUGCUUUCAACAGUACUGGUCAUAAGACUUCUGCGGUGGACCACGGGGCUCAGGACAAUCACGAGGAGGAGUUCAACUUUGGAGACAUCUUCGUCCACCAAGCCAUCCACACCAUUGAGUACUGUCUGGGCUGCAUCUCAAACACAGCCUCUUACCUGCGACUCUGGGCCCUCAGUCUUGCCCACGCACAACUGUCUGAAGUGCUCUGGACGAUGGUGAUGAACAUUGGCCUUCGCCAGAAAAGCUGGGGAGGAAUCUUUGGGGUUUUUGUUAUUUUUGCUGUCUUUGCUGUCCUGACGGUAGCCAUCCUUCUGAUCAUGGAGGGCCUCUCUGCUUUCCUGCACGCCCUGCGACUGCACUGGGUAGAGUUUCAGAACAAGUUCUAUGUUGGAGAUGGUUACAAGUUUUCUCCAUUCUCCUUUAAACACAUCCUGGACGGCACAGCCGAGGAGUAGGCUCAGGCCUGCACCUCCUGCAGCCACCUCCGUGCCAGUGGAAGAAGUUCAGUCUUGUCUCUGAUGGCAGCCAUGCAAGGUGGUCAGUGGAAUGAUUGUUCUCGGCUAACCUGAAGCAUGGAACUAUGUAUUCUUUUGUUCUAAGCCUGGGGAUCUGAUAUGACUUAACCAUGUCAGUGAGGAACAACUUUGGCAAGUCGUUUUGACUUCGUGUGGGGUCUUAAUUCUCAAAUAAUAAAAUGAUUGAGUAAUGAGGGGGAGUGCUAAGCUGAUCUCUUCUUGUAUUUUAAGUAUUAUAUUGGAGAAAAUAAACAUCUGAGUCAUUCA